GAUGAACAGUCAAGGAGACAGCGAAGAGCCGAAAAGACCAAGAUUGGAUAAUGAAAAUGAGAAUAUAAAUAACGAUCUAUUGAAAACGGAAGCAUUUAAAGUUAAGGCAAUUGUGGACGAUUCAUUUACAUCAGUUGAACCAAUACUAGUUGACGUCUUUGUAGCUGAAAUUAAAGAGAGAAAAAAGAUUAAUGAAGUUACAAAAGUGUUAAACACAAAAUUACAAUCAACCAACUUUAGACAUCUUAAAAGAGUUAAAAGUGGCAAAAGUACGGCAACUAUUUUUAUAUGUGAUACAGAAAUUGUUAAAUCCAUUGAUGAACUAGAGAAAUUUCUAAAAGAUGAUAUUAAUUUGGAUAUUAAUCUAUUUAACGCUCCAAAAUUACAAAAAGUUCCCAAACAUCAACCAAAAACGAAAGUUCAAUACGAUGCUUAUAUGAAAUAUUGGCCUGUAACGUUCCAUCAUAAUAUUGAUCUUGAAAAGUUCCUUUCAAAUGCGGUUGCUGAAGAGAAAAUUGAGUAUCAUUCAAAGAUUAUGACAAAAGUACUACAAAUGUAUAUUACCCAUAGGAAACCUUCGGGAAUCAUCAUAGAUAAAAAGGAAAGAUUACUAACUAAAGGAUUUAGUAAUAAAACUAGUGAACAUCCUUUAAAGCAUAUAUGUAUGGCUUUAAUUGAUACAAUUGCCCAUAUGGCUGGUGGAGGAGCUUGGCCGCCAUCUGAAAAUUGUGAAAUUGUAAAUAAUUUAGAAGCAGAGUCUUAUUUGUGCACAGAUUGUUCAAUUUAUUUAAGCGUCUUAAAUUUGAACGUCGACUAUCUAGGAACGGCUGGCGUUGUUCUUAGCCCAGAACAAAAAGCUGCACUUCAAACUUCGUUAUGUAUUUUGAAAAAUAAUGGAAAAUAUCAGCGUGUUUAUUUUUGGGGAAAGAUUUUUGGUAUAAAAGACGACUAUUUUAUAGCACAGGGAAUAGAAAGAGACGAAUUUUCAGAAAGAAAAAUUUGGUAUAGUAAGGACUGCAGUAGAUGGGCUUUGCUGCCCCCAGCAACUGAAGAUAUGAUGAAACGUGCCAGGCUAAUUAGAGGAAGAUUUAUAGGCGAUCCUUCUUACGAAUUCGAGUACACUCCUCCAAAGACAGAUGACGAAGAGGAAGAAGAGCCUGAAACCAUAGCAAUCAAAGAAGAAGAUCGUUUGGCAGCUGUCAUCUUCGAAAUUGACAAAGAAGCUAGAGUAGUUCCAAAAGGAGCCUAUAUUCAAGAGCCUACCGGACUUGUUUAUCAGAGUAGAACAUUCAGCGGUUUAACAGUGUCCGAAUCCUCGAAACUGUGCAAUUAUUUGCAUUUUAGAGAAGGAUAUAAAUUAUUGGAAAAGACGCUUUUGCAGAAAGCUGAUUUAGAUAAGAGCGUAGAUUUUAUGGAUCCAAUAGAUGAAGAUGUCCCAUUAGGUUGUUGGAGUCUUCAAUUCGACAGAGGAUCCGCUUUGACCAUACUUAAAAAUCUUUUAUGGCCAGGUUACGUUUUCUUCCACGUACCGGAAACUCGUCGCUACGGUUCUAUCUAUUAUGGAACAGGCGAAAAGAACGUUGAUUUACCUUUUAUGAUAUAA